UCGAUCCAAAAAAAUUUUUUCUUGCGUAGGAAACAUCAGACUCUCUGUUCCAUCUUGGAGCUCCUCUACUGACUUCUGAAAUGUCAGCAGCAUCUACUGAAUUGUACCCACUGAUCUCAUAGACUUUGCCAUGCACAAGGAAAUGGGGUCAGUGGCCUGUCCAAAUUAGGCAUAAAAACGCUCCCUGAGAGAUACAUCUUACCCCCAAAAGACAGACUUGACCAGAACAAAGUAGUUCUUGAAGAGUCGAUACCAAUUAUUGAUGUAUCCAACUGGGAUGAUCCAGAAGUUGCAGGCUCAAUCUGUGAGGCUGCAGCCAAGUGGGGUUUCUUUCAAAUCAUUAAUCAUGGCAUCCCACUUGACAUUCUUGAAAAUUUAAAGGCAGCUGUGCACAAGUUCUUUGACUUGCCAAAUGAGGAAAGGAGAAAGUAUUUGAAGGAAAACUCACCUAGUCCCACUGUGCAUUUGAACACUAGUGUUAAUCCUUUAGUUCACAAGGUUUGUUGUGGAAAGAUUAUCUUAAGCAUUUGUUUGUUCCAGAUGAUCAGACUUCACAAUUAUGGCCUUCGGUGUACAAAGAUGAAGUGUUGGAAUACAUGAAGUGGACUAAACCUAUAAUGAGAAAGCUACUCAAGGUGCUAUAAAAGGGACUUAAUGUGAACGAAUUUGAUGAAUUGAAAGAAUCUCAAUUCAUGGGUUCUUUGGUUCUCAGCCUUGCUCACUAUCCCAUAUGUCCACACCCUGAGCUCGUUUCUGGGGCUGGUCGACAGUCUGAUAUUUCGAGUAUCACUAUCCUCCUUCAAGAUGAUGUAGGUGGCCUUUACGUGCAAGGAGCCAGAGCUGAUCAGUGGAUCCAUGUAAAUCCUGUUAAAGGGGCACUAGUAAUUAACAUAGGCGAUGUACUACAGAUUGUGAGCAAUGAUCGUUAUAAGAGCAUUGAGCAUCGGGUCAGUGUUAAUGCAAAAAGAAACAGGGUGUCAGUUCCUAUAUUUGUAAACCCUGUAGCCGAUGCAGUUGUUGGUCCAUUUCCAGAAGUCCUGGAGAACGGAGAGAAACCAAUCUAUAAGCAUCUUGUCUACUCAAGACUAUUUCAACUACUUCCUUAGUAAAAGGCCUGCAGGAAAGCAAACAAUUGAAUUUGCCAAAGUAUGAUAUUCAUCAAAUAAAGGUGUGGUAUGCACCAAAUAUUAUGGGGCAAUAAUAAUGUGGAUGAAUGUAAUUAAGGUAGCCUCUACCAUAAUAGUGUUAAUUGAAUGUUAUGUUAAAAAAAGGUCCUUCAAUCACCUAUCUGUCAGUUGAUUGCAAUGCAUCUGUUCAAGGGUUUAUAUCUCCAUCCAAACAUAUUUGUAAUCUCAGCACAGUGGCCAUAUUCCUGUUAAUUUGAGGUAGAGUAGAAAUGUCCCUGUACAUUUUUUAUAAUCCACCAUAUUCUAUUCGUUUAACCUCAUCUAUUCCAGAAGUACACAAGAUAUCUCAAAACUAGGUAGAGACUGUAGUUCUGAAACAUUUUGGUACUCAAAACUUAUUGGAAAGUAUGUAGGAAAAAAUUAGUGGUACACAAAAUGGGAUACUUUAAGAGUGUAUAUAAAAGGUCUAACAUUGACGUUAAUAAUCUAGAAAAGCUAAUGUAUUAGCCCAAGGGGCAUACCACUUUUGCUUUCAAAAGUAUACAAGAUAUGAAUCUUUGCAAUUAAUGGUAAUAGUUUAAAGUAAGGAGGAUUAUUCAUUCAUCGAUCAAAAUUAGAAGAGUCAUAACAUAUAAUGGAGUCGCAAAAGGCAACAUCCUCUGCAGUAUUAGAACAUGGAUAGAGCAUUCACACCACCAUUGGUUUCAAAGAACUUGAGUACAUCCUUGCAAUAGCCAAUAUGGGAGAAAUUUAUGCAAUAUUUAAUCCUUAAAUGCGGAUUUAAAAUAAAAUUGUUCCUACUUCCUAUUUCUUCCUGGCAACGAUGCUGAACAAAACUAGAUAAUGAAAUGUGCAAAGGCAUGAUUAUGAUUCUAGGAGGCUUGCCAAGAUGUAAUCAAAUGAUUCAAGGCUGUAACAAGACAAAAUUGAAAAGUAACUAAAUCUUGAGAUGAAAGGAGUGGAAUUGUGCAAAUUGGGUAACAUAUGAAAGUUGAUUGAAAAUUAACCAAAGCCUAAUUACAAACAACAACUUUUAUGACCCAAAAAAAAUCAUAAGAGAUGUUCAUAUUCAGGGUAAAAGAAAAAGGAAAAGUAAUACUGCAAGAAUGUAAUCAAUUAAGCAUUCCUCAGCCAAAUUUGAACUUGCACGCACCCUUGCUUGGCUAUUCCUGCUUAAAAGCCAGCAGACUGUUUCAUUUUGGGGCUUCUAUAACUAGUUUCUGAAAUGUCAGCAGAAUCUAUUGAAUUUGAACACACUGAUGUCGUAGACUUUGCAGUAAAGCAAGGAAAUGGGGUCAAUGGCCUAUCAAAAUUAGGCCUAAAAUCCAUCCCUCAUAGGUACAUAUUACCCCCAGAAGAAAGACUUAACCAGAACCAGAUAGUUCUUGAAGAUUCAAUACCAAUCAUUGAUGUAUCCAACUGGGGUGAUCCAGAAGUUGCAGCGUCAAUCUGUGAGGCUGCAGCCAAGUGGGGUUUCUUUCAAAUCAUCAACCACGGCAUCCCACUUGAGGUUCUUGAAGAUGUACUGGAAGCUGGGCACAAGUUCUUUGAGUUACCAAAUGAGGAAAGGAGGAAGUAUUUGAAGGAAAAUUCCCCUACUCCCACUGUGCAGUUGAAGACUGGCUUUAGUCCUUUAGCAGGAAAGGUUUUCGAGUGGAAAGAUUAUCUUGUGCACCAUUAUGUUCCUGAUAAUGUGAGUUCAGACUUGUGGCCUUCUGUGUCCAAAGAUCAAGUGCUGGAAUACAUGAAGUGGGCUAAACCUGUCAUCAAAAAGCUAGUUGAGGUGCUACUACAGGGACUUAAUGUGAAGGAAUUUGAUGAAUCACAAGAAUCUCAACUCAUAGAUCGUACAACUAUCAGCCUCAUUCACUAUCCCAUGUGUCCAAGCCCUGAGCUCGCUUGUGGAGCGCGUCGACAUUCUGAUAUCUCUAGUAUCACUAUCCUCCUCCAAGAUGAUGUAGGUGGCCUCUAUGUGAAAGGAACAACAGCUGAUCAAUGGAUCCAUGUAUCACCAGUCAAAGGGGCACUUGCAGUUAACAUAGGCGACAUACUACAAAUUGCGAGCAAUGAUCGGUAUAAGAGCAUUGAGCAUCAGGUGAUUGUUAACGGAAGGAGAAACAGGGUUUCAGUGCCUAUAUUCGUAAGCCCUGCUGCUGAUACAGUUGUUGGUCCAUUUCCACAAUCCCUGGAGAAUGGAAAGAAACCAAUUUAUAAGCAUGUCAUCUACUCGGAUUACCUCAACUACUUCUUGAGUAAAAGGGAUGACAGAAAGCAGACAAUUGAAUUUGCUAAAAUAUGAUGUUUAUCCAACAAAAUUAAGGUAGUCUCAACUGAACCAGCAGAAAUGGAUUUUAGUGUUAAAAAGCAAGGAUCCUCCCCUUCUCCUUUGUGUCUUUUUGUUAAAAUACAUUUCAGAUAUCAAUGCAAUCGACCAACUUGAUGCCGUAUUUAUGUUUGUUUAUCCGAGCAUCUGUUAUCUGUAAAACCUUAAAAUUGGCUCUUCUUGCCAAAUUUGUGUUCAAGAACUAAUGUUUUUGUACCUUCCAUCAUGUUUCCGGUAUCAAUGGUUGAACAGCACCUGUAAACAAAGAUCUCUACAAUAUUAUUACGAACCAUAUGUGUUGCAAAAUUCAUGUUGGACUGAAAAAAAAAAAUUAAAAAA